AUAGGUAUUGUUCUUCUUGAAAUUCAUAUAAAAAGGAUGCGUUUGUUCUCUAAAAAAUCAGAAUCUUCUUCAACUCUCAUUCACCCACAAAGACAUCUCGCAGCAGAUCUUCCUCAAAACCAAAUCAAAAUGAUGAACAAAUCGACUUUCGUGAUCCUUCUGGUCGUGGGCAUGUUGGCCCUCUCUUUCUUGCCUCCUGACGUUGAAGGUGCCACGACCAAGGGGGAGCAGUUGGAGCGAGUUAAGCGUGGUCAUCAUGGACAUGGUGGAGGUGGACAUGGCCCAGGAUCCGGUGGCGGAGCUGCUGGACCGGUCUACUUUUGCGGCUGGGUGGGAAAAACGGAGGGAUAUCGAGGAUAUGGUCACGGGAAAUAAGAGCUUGCACUAGAACUACAUCUUGGAAUAGUACCGACAUGGACAAUAAUUAUUAUGAUGACGACCCGACACUUAUUCCCUGCACUCACCUUCUGCACUUUGCACAAUGCACUCUCUUGUUCGCACUGUUAUAUUUUUUAAACCAGCCAAUAAAUUGAAACUAAACGAAA